ACUGGAACCGGCCCGAAAUCUCAGAACCUAAAACCCCAACAAAGCCCUUUUAGCAUUUCACCGGUAGAAACACAUCUCUCUCAGAGUUUUCCCCGAUCCGAAAAUGGCCACUUUCGCCGCCAGGUCCGUCCUCCGCUCUGCCACUUCCUCCGCCAGAACCGCUGCCACGAGAUUCGCCGCCGGUGCCAAGCCCAAGGCCGCUCCUUCACCCUUUCGCAUGCCCACUCAAAAACCCCUUGCUGCUCGCAUUUUCAGGUCGCCUGUUGAAAUGAGUUGUGCAGUGGAAACUAUGCUUCCUUAUCACACUGCCACUGCUACUGCGUUGCUGACUUCAAUGCUCUCUGCUACUCCUCGGAGUUAUGGUUGGACUCUUGAAGGGCAAAAGAGGACUAGAUGAAGAUCAUGAAAUGAAGUUCAAGUUAUACGAAUAUCUUCUUAUGCCGGAGUUUUAAGUAACUUAUUUGUGAAUCAUGCAGCUGGUAUUGAUUGUUGAUGAGUUAAUUUCAUAAUAAGCUUCAAGAAAACUGAAUCAGAUAGUCUGUGGGACCAAAAGUUGCUUAGAUAUGAAUUUUGAAUUUCCAGUUGUAGUUGUUAAGUUGUCAGCAUCAUUCUAAUACUUGGUGUUUAAUCAGAUUGCAAUGAUGAUGUAUGAUGAAUGUCAGAGAGUUCAAGCGAAGUUUUAUAUCCAUGCAGUCUAAGCAAAUGAUAAGUAGAGUACUGAAUGAGAACUUGGGACUCUUACCUUUCUGUGAAUUCUGGCUUAUGUUGGACUGUAUUUUGGUAUCUAGACGUUGGAGUCCUGUGGAAGCUCAUUGUUACUAGAUUUUGAGAGAUGUUUAAAGCCUUAAUUUGUCUCAAAAAUGUUUUUAUACAGGCCUUAAUAAUGUCAUCUUUAACCUCUGGUGUUUUAUUGACCAUAUUUU